AUGUUUUUAGCCGGAACAGAGACAACUAGCAGCAGUGUAGAGUGGGCAUUAACUGAGCUUUUGCGAAAUCCAGAAGCAAUGGCAAAAGUGAAAGCAGAAAUUUCAGAAGUAGUAGGCCCAAAUAGGAAGUUUGAAGAGUGUGACAUAGACAAUCUAUCCUAUAUGCAAGCCGUGCUAAAGGAAUCGCUACGUUUACAUCCUCCCCUACCUUUCUUGAUUCCAAGAAGAGCAACUCAAGAUACAAAGUUCAUGGGGUACGACGUACCAAAAGGCACUCAAUUAUUGGUAAAUGCUUGGUCAAUUGGACGAGAUCCUGAAUGUUGGGACGACCCUUUUGAGUUCAAACCCGAGAGGUUUCUUGGCUCAAACGUAGACGUUAAGGGACAGAAUUACGAGUUAAUUCCAUUUGGUGCAGGCAGAAGGAUGUGCGUUGGCCUUUCUUUAGGUCAUCGUAUGAUGCAUUUCGCGUUUGGAUCGUUGCUACAUGAAUUCAAUUGGGAGCUUCCUGAUAAUAUUACUCCUAAAUCCAUGAACAUGGAUGAGAGUAUGGGAAUAACAGCAAGAAAAAAACAACCUUUGAAAGUGAUUCCAAAAAGAGCUUGAAAUUAUAAUUUUAUUUCUAAUGUUCCUUUGGUUGAAAUCUGUUUUGAGUUUGGUAUAGAUAUUGUUAUUACAAAACAAGUUUAGAAGUUUCUGAAAAGGCUUCUAUCAUAAAAUAAAGGGAAAAAGGCCA